GAAAAGGGGAAUCCCCUCAGAAAUUGCCCACCGCCCGCACGGAUACUAAAAAGACGCAAUACGGAAAGUUUGCGCUCCUUUAAGUCAAAAAAAGCAGAGCGUUACGAUAAAAAACAGGACAAGAAUUCAUUCAAAAUGAGUGACCUACCGUGCGACGUGGAAACAGAUUGUGCUUAUGAUGCUCCUUUCAAUCGAGUUGGUUCGAGAGAAGACGAAAUAGAUUUGUCAAAAUUGGACUACUCCAGGUUACAACCUCCGCCAUAUUUGUUAGGGAAACCAGAAACGGACACCUCGAGCGGCACGCGAUUUGAUUCAGGAUUCGGCUCAAUUGGAUCUUUCAAUUCAUCCACAUCAGACUCUUUGACAGAUGGAAUAGACAGAUUGAAAUUAGAAUCACAGCCUAUUUCUGAAUCAUGUGAACAGGACAGAGGUUCUGAGCGUAAAAGUGAUAGUGACAGAAUUGACAGUGAUCAGGGUUUUACUGAGGACAAUGACACGCCGUUUGCUCCUGCGAACGGCCAGCUAACUCAGCAACAAAUUGAUUUGUAUUCUCAAGACGAGGACGGAGAUACCCAGUUACACGUGGCCCUGAUACAAAUGGUAGAAUAUGUAGCACUGCAGAUCAUUGACUUGGCUCCUUACUUUAAAUGGGUCAAUAUCCAGAACAAUCUGGGGCAAGCACCUCUGCACUUAGCAGCCAUCACAAAACAACCAGUAGUGAUCCGCAGACUGAUGUGUGCAGGUGCAAGCGUGGAGCAGCGCGAUCGCCAUGGGAACACAGCCCUACACAUAGCGUGCCGUGAGGGACACAUUGAGGGGGUGAGAAUGUUGACCACACCAGUUACACACAGAGAGGUCAGCCAGAACACAUACCAAGUACCAUACCAGAAGAUUCCUCAAGAUCUCAAUGCACGCAACUACAACGGAAUGAGUUGCCUUCACCUGGCUGCAGAGAGAGGUCAUGUGGGUGUGGUAGACUACCUGGUGAAACUGGGAGCAGACGUGAACAUUGAGGAUGGAAAGAGUGGAAGGAACAUUCUUCACCAUGCAGUUGAGAACCACAACGUUGAGUUAAUCUACUACUUGCUGCAACAUACAGACAUCAACUUGGAGGCUAAGACAUUUGACUUCAAAUCAGCACUUGGUCUGGCCAUGGGUAGAAAGUUCACAGAUAUCGCCACUGCUUUGGUCAACGCUGGAGCAGAUUUUGCACAGUGGACAGAUAUAUUCUCAGAUCCCUCAGAUGAAGGCUCUGAUGAAGAUCUGAUUGAUGAUCUUAUGAUUGGUGGACAACCAGUUCACUAGUUGGACAAGUGCCAAUGGUAGUUUUGCCGACAGACUUUACAUGAGAAGAUGUAUUUUUAUUUGUAAAAAGAGCUUUCUCUGGAGUCUUGGAAACUACUCUUCCAGCUUCUUUCAGAUUGAUGCCAGUCUUACACAGACAGUUACAGUAGAGAACUGGUUUCAUAACCAUUCAAACUAAUUCUUUUCAAUAGCUGCAGACUUAGUAUUCUCUAGGACUGUCAAAGUCCAGUAGAGUUUGCAUUUUUAAUUUAAAAAAAAUUUGGAGGCAUCAUAUUUCAAAGAAUUUGUUUUAGAAAUUUUGUAUCUGAAGUUCGUAGUCUUUAUUACAAAUGAACUUUUCAUAACAUCAUAUUAGUAAUUUUAUUGAGAGAAGUCUUCUUUGAAACCGUUUUAAAUCUAGAGGCUGUAAAUUGACAGCACAUGUAGACUAGUAGUUUUCAAGGCCGACUGGUCCAGCUUAAUUCAAUCCAUGAAAACUCAUUAAUUUACAGCACAAAAAUAUAUAUUUAAAAUAUCUGCAAUAUCUUUUGAUUCUUCUCUAGAUAAAAUAAUCUGUACUAAAUCAUUAAUUUAAUGAUAACCAAAUGAAAACAGUUGUGCAAACCCUGAUCUCAAAGUUUUGAGAGUAGACAGGUGAAUAGUAUGAACAGAAGUGUACAUAUGUAAAUAAAUAUAUGCAUAUUGUUAA